AUGGCCCUGAAGAUGGUCGUCUUCAUUCUAAUAUUUGCUGCAGCCAUGGCUGCAACUGGAGCUCAACCCCUUGCAGGAUGUCCCAACAAAUGCGGAGACGUGGACAUUCCCUAUCCAUUUGGUGUGGGUGUUCAACCUCGUACUUCUCGAAACUGUUUCUUCGACGAACCAUUCAAGCUCACCUGCAACAGGUCCACACUAUUCUUCAGGGACGUCCCAGUUUCAAACAUAUCCCUCCAAGAAGGUCAGAUGGACAUUUCUAUGCCAGUCUCCAAGAUUUGUUACGAUCACUCUGGAGUAAAUCUAGACCAAUCUACUUCCAGUUUUUACACCGGCGCCUUCACCAUUUCGAACACCCAAAACAAGUUCAUCAGUCUUGGCUGCGACACAUUGGGCGUUAUUAGUUUCCUCGACAACCUUAGCUAUUCCGGUGGCUGCGUGACGCUGUGCGACACGCCUCCCCCAAAGGACAUCAACCAGAACACUUGUUCGGGGACCGGGUGUUGCCAGGUGAAUAUUCCGGUCGGGAAGAAUAAUUUCUCCUUGGAAGUAUCCGCUGUCAACAACCAUGCCAAAGUGCUGGGCUUCAACAAUUGCAGCUAUGCAUUUCUCUCCAAGCAGGGCUGGUUUAAUUUCUCUCUCGAUUAUCUACAGUCCUUUCCCUUUGACAUGGUUCCUUUCGCCUUAGAUUGGACUAUUUCGAAUCUUACUUGUCAAACUGCUUCCACUAGUACCACAGGCUAUGCCUGCAAAUCCAACUCGUAUUGUGUGGACUCUCAUGAUGGAGUUGGCUACAAUUGCAAAUGCAAAACUGGUUUUGAGGGAAAUCCAUAUCAUCCCGAUGGAUGUCACGAUGUUGAUGAGUGUAGCAGACCUAACAACUGCAGUAUUCCAAAGCAAUGCUCCAACUUCGAUGGGGGUUACAACUGUUCUUGUCCACCUCGUUAUAAAGGCGACGGCUAUACUAAUGGGACGGGCUGUACUUUGGAACAUCGUCGAUCUAAGUAUAAAUGGCUUGUCGUUAUAGUUGCAUUGGGUUUUAGUGUGGCCCUACUGGCUGUCUUCACGCUUGUCUCAUCAUUAUGUUGGGCGCAUAAGCGAAGAACUGUGAAAAAUCUUAAACAAAGAAAUUUUGAGCAAAAUGGAGGAUAUAUGCUACUUCGACAACUUUCACAGCAACAGGGAUAUGCUGAAAGAACAAAAAUAUUCACAGAAGUUGAACUUAAAAAUGCCACAAACAACUUUCACGAGGGUAGAAUAAUUGGUCGUGGGGGACAAUGCAUUGUUUACAAGGGUAUAUUGCCAGUUUAUGAGUUUGUGGAGAAUGGCACACUUCUUGACCACAUAGAUCCUAUGAAUACUCAGUUUCCUCUUUCAUGGGAGACACGAUUAAGAAUAGCCACAGAAACUGCUGAAGCAAUCUCAUAUUUACAUUCUACCGCGUCAAUUCCUAUUGUCCAUCGAGAUAUCAAAUCUGCUAAUAUACUUCUAGAUUGUAACUUCAAGGCAAAAGUGUCUGACUUUGGAGCUUCAAGGCUUGUUCCUCUCGAUGAAUCUCAUGCCUCCACUGUGGUGCAAGGGACAUUUGGAUACUUAGAUCCAGAGUACCUCCAUACAGGCCAAUUGAAUGAAAAAAGCGAUGUUUAUAGUUUUGGGGUCGUACUGGUGGAAUUAUUGACUGGAAGCAAAGUAGUAAAGUUCAAUAGACUAGGACAAGUAAAUUUGGCCAUGUCUUUUGAGUCUUCAAUGAAAGAAAACCGUUUGUGGGAAGUUCUGGACAAACAGGUGUUAGCCCAGAAGAAUGUAGAGCAAUUGAAAGAAGUGGCUUUAUUGGCAAGGAAGUGUAUUAGAGUAAAAGGAGAGGAAAGGCCCACGAUGAAAGAAAUAUCAAAGGAGCUGGAGGGUCUGGCUGCAAAUAAGGAGUGUCUUUUGAUGAAAUCAGAUGAAAGGGAAUACUCACCUGCUCAUGUGCCUGAUAGAUAUGGGGAAGCUGCCGCCUGUGAGAGCAUCCAUAAGCAGAUGGCAUUUGGGACUGAAGUUGGGCGAUGA